GCGCGCCCGGCGGCAGGGCCGACCGCCCCCCCAAAGCCCAGAUGUGACUCCUGGCCCUGGCUGGGCACUCGGAGCCAUGGCCGACACCAUCUUCGGCAGUGGGAACGACCAGUGGGUUUGCCCCAACGAUCGGCAGCUCGCUCUGCGAGCCAAGCUGCAGACAGGCUGGUCUGUGCACACCUACCAGACAGAGAAGCAGAGGAAGAGCCAGUGCCUCAGCCCAGCUGAGGUGGAGGCCAUCCUACAGGUCAUCCAGAGGGCAGAGCGGCUGGAUGUCAUGGAGCAGCAGAGAAUCGGACGACUGGUGGAGCGGCUGGAGACCAUGAGGCGGAACGUGAUGGGGAAUGGCCUUUCCCAGUGUCUGCUCUGUGGGGAGGUGCUGGGCUUCCUGGGAAGUUCAUCAGUGUUCUGCAAAGACUGCAGGAAGAAAGUCUGCACCAAAUGUGGGAUCGAGGCCUCCCCCGGCCAGAAGCGGCCUCUGUGGCUGUGUAAGAUCUGCAGUGAGCAGAGAGAGGUCUGGAAGAGGUCGGGGGCCUGGUUCUACAAAGGGCUCCCCAAGUAUAUCCUGCCGCUGAAGACCCCCGGCCGGGCCAAUGACCCCCACUUCCGACCUUGGCCCAUGGAGCCCGCCGAGCAAAAGCCCAGAAGCACUGAGACUGGUCGCGUCUACACGUGGGCCCGAGAGAGAGUGGUUUCCAGUGACAGUGACAGUGACUCGGAUCUCAGCUCCUCUAGCCUGGAGGACAGGCUUCUUCUGACGGGGGUCAGGGAGCCCAAAGGUGCCAAGCCCUAUGGGGAGGCAGGUGGCAGCAUGGAGUCCCCCAAGAUGGGCCCCACCCGCCGGCCCAGCCACCUCUUGGGGAGCCAGAACAGCCUGGCCAGUGAGACCAGGACCAGCUCUGCAGACCCGCAGCCGGGCCCCCACCCUGGCAAGACCCAAAGAGCCCCGGCAAAAGGCACACCUGGGCAAUUCCCCGCUGCUGACACGGCCUCCUAA